GUAAGUAGGCCUAACUGUUAUUUUCCAUCUUUCUUUCCCAUGCCGUCUAUUCCCACUUCCAGAAAGCACCCAGGUAGGCUACUGCUGGACAGGUGAGACCAGACCAUGGCUCCUCUGACACCUCCUCCCCUGUUGUGGUUAUGGCUGACCCCUGUCCAUCCCGCUGGGUAGCUGGGAAAGAUGCUCUAUCAUUAAUGACCUAUCUCAUCCAGCAGCCCAACCAGGAGACUGACAGGACAGGAUGGACUAACAUACUCUUUAGCCCUUCUCAGCUCUUACAACAACUACCUCCCCAACUCCAGACCAUUACACUACACUACUCUGUUACUGUGCUGUUCUGUUUGUGUCCCUCACAUUUCCACCAGGACAGUGCAGCUAGGCUUUAGGCUGGACUGUCUGUCAUCAUGCACAGGGCCAAGGGAGGGUCUGGCCCCCCACACUUCCAGGACAUCUAUGAAUUCUCCCUGGAUGGUGACGAGACCACAACCCAGAUCUUUCUGCGGAGCCCGGGGAAAGCUAUGGAGGGCCCGGGAAUGCCCCUGUCCCCUCACAACAAGUACAUCCAGACUGAGCACCAGCAGGGGGGUCUCUUCUCCCUCGGGCUCCCUACACAUGGAGAGGCCCUCGUGGCCCCCCAGGGAAAGAAGAGGAGGCGGUGCGGCGUGUGUGGCCCCUGUAUGCAGAAGGAGAACUGUGGCACCUGCAGCAACUGUAUGAACCGUAAGAUUGGGAAGCAGAUCUGUAAGCUGCGUAAAUGUGACCAGCUGAAGAUGAAGGGACAGAAGGACUGGGAGGUGGAACAUUUUGAGGACAACAGUAAAGCCUGGUUUGUAAAGGCCAAUCUGGGGACAGAGACUGUUUCGGACGCUCGUUCAGUGGAUGGCCCCAGAAGAGGAGGCCAGAUGGAAACUGGGUCACAUAACCGCCUCAAGGAAGGCGGUUUGCUGAGCCUGGAACCGACCAAUGGGGUGAGCCGGCAUCCCAGGGACACCCAUGAGGAGGGUGGAGCUGGCCUGGAGCCCCAGAGGGAGCCCCAGCGGUCAAGGAGUGUUUCCCCAGGACAGGGCUGUGUACCUGGGCACAGCAAAGCCACCCAACCCCAUCUGCAGCAGCACUGCAAUGGCUGGAGCAGUAGUGGUAGGACACCUGGGAAGCCUGUCCAUGAGGCAGACAUGGAGGUUGCACGCAACCUGGUAGCCUUCUCAGCCAGCGUGAGUGUUGGCUCCCUGCCCCCCUCAGGUCACCUUGAGCCCCAGUCCCACGCCAUCCAGCUGUAUGAGAAGUUCAACCAGGAGAUGGGCACGGGUGAGGGGGCCGCGGCUCAAGACAGACUCCAAGCCCCAGAAGGGGAAAACCAGGCUCCCCCAGAGGACCUGAACACCCUGCAGAAUGCCCUGAGCCAGGCGCGCCACGGCCACAAGCCCCCCAACUGUGACUGUGAUGGGCCAGACUGCCCGGACUACCUGGAGUGGCUGGAGAAGAGGAUCAAACAGACAUGGGCUGGGGAGGAGCGGGACAACAACACGCCCUGCUCCAAGAUGACCACUGACACACUGCCUCAUCUACAGCCCCCACACUCACAGCAGCCCCCCCACCCCCAAACCCAUGUCAAUGGAGGUAACCCUCCCUCCGGUCCACCACUACACCCACAUCAACAGGGCCAACACCCAGCCCCUAUCCCCUGCUCCCCUCAGGUCCUCUUCAUCGCCAAGGAGAAGAACGUCAGUCUGCAGACGGCUAUUGCCAUCGAGGCCCUGACCCAGCUGUCUGCCACUGUCCCCCAGACCGUGGUCCCUCCUGCCCAGGCCUCCUCCACCAACCAACCUCAACACCCCCCUCUACACCUCCAGUAUGGCACCCGCCUGAACCCCUCCUCCUCCAACCCCAUCUCCUCUUCGUCCUCCUCGCGUUCACAAUCCGUCCCUCCUGGACUAUACCCCCAGCCCCAACAGAGCCCUGUGUCGCAGGAGCAGCAGCACAGACCCCAGUCCCAUGGUCAUCCGGCCCACGCCUCCCAUCUCCCGUCCUCCACUUCACCCUUCCCCCGGCAGCCCCAGGCAGGCAGCCUCCUGCCUCACCACCAGCAGUGGCAGCAGCAGCAGGGCCCUGGGGGAUCCCAAGAGCAGAGGAACCAGUGGAUGAACUCAGAUUCCCAGCAGCCUCGCUUCGCCCCUCCGUCCGGUGGCCACAGCACUGGCGACCCCAUGUUCGAGCUCAAACAGCUACUUGGGGACUCCAGCGGAAAGUACAUAAGCGGCCCCUUCAAGUUGCCCGUCCCACACCACCACAUCAAGCAGGAACCAGGGAUGCCUCGGGUCAAGCAGGAGGUAGACUCUGGGGAGUACCAGAGCUCUGCCUGCGCCUCCAUGGGGGGCUGCUACAGCUUGAUGAAUGGCCAGCAGCAGCCUAGGUACCCUGGUCCUCCUCUCUCCCCGGGCAGCGCAGCCAUCCGCCACUCCACCCAGACAGCUCUGCAGCAGCACCUUCACCACAAGAGGAACCUCUUCUCCAACUCUCCCGGCCUCCCAGGCCUCUGCCCUCUGCGUCCCGCCAAGGCCUGCCAGAACCUCCGCAAGUGGUGGCCCCAACAGAUGGGCCCCGAGGGCCAACCCGUCCCCGUGGCCAUCAAGCAGGAGACCAAGAGAAGGAAGAGCACAGCAGGGACAUCUCCGCUCCUCAAGCAGCAGGCAGGGGGUGGGAUGCUGCUCCAGCCAGGCCCCAAACCCAAGACGAUAGUCAUCAAGAAGACCAAGCAGAAGGUCUCCCUGCCAACCUUCCUGCCUCACAGACAGAUCUCCAUACAGAAACCGUCUCCCCUCACCAUUACCGGAGCCCUGCCUCUAGCCAGCGCCCACCCAGUUUCUCUCCCUCUCCAUACCUUCCCCCUCCUCAGUAACCCAACUCAGGCUGCCACAGGCCUCCCUGCCCCUGCCCAAUCUCAGGUAUCCAUUUUAAACUCUUCUAUUGCACCCUCUGUCGCUGCUUCUGCCUUGUCUGUAAACACUCCAGACGUCUCAACCCCUCAGCCUCUCCCUGUAGCCCUGGACAUCCCAGCAAGCUCAGCGGAGGCCAGCGCCACACAGACCUCCACCACCUCUCAGUCCAUACCAGGCCUCAGUUCCCUGGACCCCAAGUUUGAGGAGCUGAUCUGCCAGUUUGAGGCAGAGUUCGGGGACAGUUCAUCCUCAGCCCCAGAACCCUGCCCUUCACAGAUCCAGAGCCAGCCCCAGGACCAAGCCCCCUCAGCCUCAGCCCAGCCCGUGGUGACAGAGUCUCAGCCCAAAGUUAACUCAGGACAAGCCAGGCCCCCAUCACCAUCCAGCGCUGCUCCAUUAGCUCCUACCACAGCUCCACCUGCAGACAAGGAGGAGUCAGGGAGUAUGAGUAAAGUAACCUCCAUCACACAGCCCUCCACUGAGAGCCCCAUGGAGGAGCAGCGGGAGGCAACCAAGCUGCCUCUCUCCCCGUCCCAGCUGCCCAAACGCAUGAAAAUUGAGACCAAUGGGAACGUAGCUGUCCUCUCCACCACUGGAUUAUUCUCUGAUGGGGGCGAGGACGACACCCCCACUAAAGACGGAUUCCCUCUUAACCCCUCCCUAAAAGGCUUCCUUGAGUCUCCACUACGCUACCUGGACACGCCCACUAAGAGCCUGCUAGACAUGCCCGUCAAGGACCUCCAGGCUGAGUUCCCCACCUGCAACUGUGUCGAGCAAGUCCUGGAGAAGGAUGAGGGUCCGUACUACAAUCACCUGGGCUCCGGGCCCACUGUGGCCUCCAUACGAGAGCUGAUGGAGACCAGGUAUGGAGAGAAGGGAGAUGCUAUCCGUAUUGAGAAGGUGGUCUAUACCGGCCGGGAAGGCAAGAGCUCUCAGGGAUGUCCCAUUGCCAAGUGGGUGAUUCGUCGGGGCAGUGAGACAGAGAAGUUGCUGUGUCUGGUGCGUCCCCGGCCGGGUCACCACUGUCCCAACACUGUCAUCAUCAUCCUCAUCAUGGCGUGGGAGGGCGUGCCACGGGCGCUAGGCGACAAGCUCUACCGAGAGCUCUCCGCCACCAUCACCAAGUUCGGCAACCCCACCAGCCGCCGUUGUGGACUCAACGACGAUCGUACAUGUGCGUGCCAAGGCAAGGACCCUGAUAGUUGUGGAGCUUCCUUCUCCUUCGGCUGCUCCUGGAGCAUGUACUUUAAUGGCUGCAAGUACGCCCGCAGCAAAACACCCCGCAAGUUCAGACUGGCAGGAGACCACCCCCAAGAGGAGGAUCAACUCAGGGAUAACUUCCAGGAUCUGGCCACUGAGUUGGCUCCCCUGUACAAGCAGCUGGCCCCACAGGCAUACAAUAACCAGUGUCAGAAUGAGGUGACGGCUCCAGACUGCAGGUUGGGUCUGAAGGAGGGCCGGCCCUUCUCUGGUGUCACCGCCUGCAUGGAUUUCUGUGCCCACGCUCACAAGGACCAGCACAACCUCUACAACGGCUGCACUGUGGUGUGCACUCUGACUAAAGAGGACAACCGUACAGUGGGGGAGAUCCCACAGGACGAGCAGCUCCAUGUACUUCCCCUCUACAAGGCCGCCCUCACAGACGAGUUUGGCAGCGAGGAGGGUCAGCGGCAAAAGAUGCGCACUGGCGCCAUUCAGGUGCUUAGCAACUUCCGCCGUGAGGUCCGCAAACUGCCUGAGCCCGCCAAGUCCUGCCGCCAGCGCCGCCUGGACGCUAAGAACCGUGCCUCGGAGAAGAAGAAGGCCAAGCAGCAGCUGCCAACGCCCACGGAGACGCCGGAUAAGACGGUGAUCAAGACGGAGGUCCGGCACGCUGGCUCCCCUCUCAGGCAGCAUGGCAAUAAAGUGAUCCCUAAGCAGGAGGUGAAGCCCACCAUAAAGAAGGAGGCAGUGGACCAGUGCCAAUACCCCUACCACGUCUACCCCUCCCACCCUGGCUACUACACACGGGGAGGCCCCCCUUCCAAUGGCCAGCCCCCUGCACUUCCACCUCCACCAGGUCCUGUCAAUGGCUACCACCCCAAUCUACCCUCAGCACUGCCUUACGGCUAUUACAACUAUCCCCCCAACCCAAACACACUUUUCCCCCGUGAGCUCACUUCCGAGGGCCGUAACAGCUCCUGGCAUCACGCAGGGCACAAUGCUUCCCCCAGCCCUGUGGACAAGAAGCCAGACAUUCACAGCUUCCAGGCCAAGCUGGCACACUCCUACUCAGGCCCAGGCCUCCCUGAGCAGCAGCAUGGAGACCCAGCCAACCAACACCAAUGCAACGCUUACCCACACCCCCACCAGCCUGACUACAACCAAUCACGUCCCUCCUCAGUCUCCUCAGAGCCCUCCCACAGAGGGACCCCUGUCAUCAAGCAGGAGCCCAUGGAUAUGCCAGUGUGUGAGGGGGGAAAUACCCAGAGCUGUCCCGACACUCCCAUCCUCACCCCACAGCCAGGAGGGCCCUGGUCCGGGCACAAGCCCAACGGGAGUAUGGUACCAGGCAGCUGGGAAGGCAACCCCCAACCACCAUGCCCCCCGGAGGCUCCCUUCACUUCAGACAAGCAGCAGGUCCACCAGCAGGGACCUCACCAGACUUCCCAAACUCCAUACUCCCAACAGCAGCAUCAGUAUCCCCCACAACAGCCCUCCCCAUACCCCCAGCAAUGGAACUCUUACCCUGGCCCCAACACCCCCAAGGCCUCCCCUGUUCCCUCCCCGUCACCCUCUCCUUCCCCACACCCCGGCACCCCCCGCCACUGGGACAGCUCUGCUCCCAGCCCUCAGCCUAAGGCUUGGCCCAUGGACAUGGUUCCUGCUGGGUACUGCCCUAGCCCUCCCAGAGGCUUCCCCGACAAGAUAUGCUCCAAAGCGGGCGAGAGUCGGAGCUCGACCCCUCUAGGUCUCCAGGAGAAGGCCUGGAAGUCUUUUGGAGGAUCCAUGGCAGGUACACAGUCUCCAACCCCAGAGGCCUGCUGGGACCCUAACCGGGCGGAGACCCCGAGCGACGUCGAGAGCCAGAGAGGUCGCGACCUGGAUGAGGAAGAGCAGUGGUCGGACAGCGAGCAUAACUUCCUGGACCCCAGCAUCGGAGGGGUGGCGGUGGCACCCGCCCACGGUUCCAUCCUGAUCGAGUGUGCCCGGCGUGAGCUGCAUGCCACCACGCCACUCAAGAGGCCCGACCGCUCUCACCCCACCCGCAUCUCCCUGGUGUUCUACCAGCACAAGAACAUGAACCAGCCCUGCCAUGGCCAGUGGCUCUGGGAGGCCAAGAUGAAGAUGCUGGCGGAGCGGGCUAGAGAGAGGCAGCAGGAGGCAGCACUACUGGGGCUGCCCUAUGAGGACAUCAAACCUGGGAAGAAACGCAAGUUGGGGGCCACGGCAGGAGGGGCCAGCCCAGGUCCUGGCCAGACCACGGAGGGGACAGUGAUGGGGAUGGUGACGCGGUUGGCCUCCACCCACCACACCACCUCCACGGUCACUGUGUCCCCCUAUGCCUUUACCACCCUCACUGGGCCCUACAGCCACUUUGUGUGAUGAUGAACAGACAGACCGACACACAGGCUGGUGGAGGGAGAGCGGGCUGAGCAGACAACCCCUCCUUUAGUCCUGUGUAUCUCCAUCCUCCUCCUGCUCUGUUUUCUCACUCUGGUGCUCUGGGCUGGAAGGAAGGGGACUACUGGUUUGAAUCCUCGUUUUGUUUUGUUUGUUUUUUACCUCAUGUCAGGCAGCAGUAUGGGCCCAACCCUGGACCAGACAGACACACUGCCUGUGGUGCUCUUUCUCUCUCCUCUGCGGGAGGGACUCCAUUGCUUCUCCUUCUUCAUAAAAUUUUAAUGAUCCUCCUAAUUAUUACUAUUAUUAUCAAUAUUAUUACGAUUGUUAUUGUUACUGUCAAUGUUGUUAUUACAGGUAUUAUUAUUAUUAUUAUGAAGAUUUUGAUUUGUUUGUUUAUUGAUGUGGUUGUUUUUUCAUGUUGUUAUUAAUUAUUAUUUUGUUGAUGUUGUGUUUUUUUUACCGAGGGGUCUGUCUUGCUUUUUUCCCAUAUUUCUGUAAAUCUGCCCUUUUCUUUUUUUUUCCUUUGGCUUUUGAAAUGUUUGUAACUGUACUUGGAGAAAGGCUGUUCUCAGCACUGCAAGGCUCUUCAAGACUGUCUUUCCAACAAGCAUGACAUACACGUUUUACAUUUGAAUAAUUAGUCUUGACCAAAAGAGGGAAGAGAAACCCACAGAAACUUCUCUGAACCAUCCCACAUAGCCUUUUUUAAACCAACUCCUGUCCAGUCUGCCUUGCUGUGAAGAGAAGGGUUCUUCUCUCUCCAUUUUUACUCUCACCCCACCGAUCCGCCUCACUCUACUGCUGUGGUGCUUCAUUGAUCUUUAUCACUUUUACAGGGAUCAUAUCGGUCUCUCCAUUCAUCUCUCCUUCACGGCACUAGAUGCUGAAUAUAAGGGUGCUCUUAUAGCAUAGAUGUAGAGUGAGAACAACAGGCACUAGAUGCUGAAUAUAAGGCUGCUCUUAUAGCAUAGAUGUAGAGUGAGAACAACAGGCACUAGAUGCUGAAUAUAAGGGUGCUCUUAUAGCAUAGAUGUAGAGUGAGAACAACAGGCACUAGAUGCUGAAUAUAAGGCUGCUCUUAUAGCAUAGAUGUAGAGUGAGAACAACAGGCACUAGAUGCUGAAUAUAAGGCUGCUCUUAUAGCAUAGAUGUAGAGUGAGAACAACAGGCACUAGAUGCUGAAUAUAAGGCUGAUCUUAUAGCAUAGAUGUAGAGUGAGAACAACAGGCACUAGAUGCUGAAUAUAAGGCUGCUCUUAUAGCAUAGAUGUAGAGUGAGAACAACAGGCACUAGAUGCUGAAUAUAAGGCUGCUCUUAUAGCAUAGAUGUAGAGUGAGAACAACAGGCAGUAGAUGCUGAAUAUAAGGCUGCUCUUAUAGCAUAGAUGUAGAGUGAGAACAACAGGCACUAGAUGCUGGAUAUAAGGCUGCUCUUAUAGCAUAGAUGUAGAGUGAGAACAACAGGCACUAGAUGCUGGAUAUAAGGCUGAUCUUAUAGCAUAGAUGUAGAGUGAGAACAACAGGCACUAGAUGCUGGAUAUAAGGCUGAUCUUAUAGCAUAGAUGUAGAGUGAGAACAACAGGCACUAGAUGCUGGAUAUAAGGCUGAUCUUAUAGCAUAGAUGUAGAGUGAGAACAACAGGCACUAGAUGCUGGAUAUAAGGCUGAUCUUAUAGCAUAGAUGUAGAGUGAGAACAACAGGCACUAGAUGCUGGAUAUAAGGCUGAUCUUAUAGCAUAGAUGUAGAGUGAGAACAACAGGCACUAGAUGCUGGAUAUAAGGCUGAUCUUAUAGCAUAGAUGUAGAGUGAGAACAACAGGCACUAGAUGCUGGAUAUAAGGCUGAUCUUAUAGCAUAGAUGUAGAGUGAGAACAACCCGCAGUAGAAGUCCUCAUCUUCUUUCAGGUGUUGGUUGAGAGAUCUAUCCCUCCAGUUCUAAGGGUCCUGUGGGGAUUAGUGAGCGCUUUCUAUUUGAAGCACAAGAGGGCAGCACUGACCCCUGUAAAAUGGUGCACUGAUAUACACAGACACCAACUCUCACUUACACACACACACAAAGGUCCUGUCAUCCAGCCAGCACAGCUCCUGUCAUACAGCCUUACUGCUUUAAACGACGGAAGCAUGGCCGCCAAAGUCUGGUCCUUCCAAUGACCACAGGCAGCACGGGCCACGCAAGCCCUUUAUCCUGAAACCGGAGACAUUGAUGGGAAUAGUGUGUGGACAGAAAUGCACUCCUAAACACACUGGUGCUUUCCCUACACAUGUUGACACACAAAGGGCUCAGUCAGUGAGUCCUGCUUUUGCCUGGUGCUGUUAUUCGUUUUGAAGCAGAGCAAGGUUUGUCUCUAUGCACACACUGUCACGACAUAGCCAGUAAAUCCUUAUUCACCAGUCAUGGCUGCCUCUGUAUUGCUUGCAUGUCAGAGCCAGAUCCUGCUUGGGACUCACUUUUGAGAUGAGAAAUCUUGGUGCUUAUGAAGUGGUUGAGAUAGAGCUCUCUAUACCUUGCAGAGACACUGGUCAUGGUUGCAAAACGCUACAAACACACACACAGGCACCAGGUCAGAGGAACAUGAUGAAUAUUAGUCCAGAUUCCCCAUGUGCUCUACAAACUCAUUUUAAUCCACUUUUUUAUUAUUUAUUACAUGAUAAUGAUGAUGAUGAUUGUUGUUAUUGUUUUUUUGUUUUGUUAUAGCUAAUAGAAAUUGUACAUACAGAAGAAAAUAUUUUAUAAAAGCACUUUUAAUCUUAAUUUCAUUGAGAGAAAAAGAGAACAGAUUAUUGACAACUUGAAGCUUACUUUUUUAAACUUUUUUUUCUCUCUCAAGAGAGAGAUUAAAAAAAAUGUACAUAUUUAAAAUAUUUAGGUAAGAUUAUUUAACUGUUGAGGGAUAAUGACUAAAUCAUAAAUGAUUCCAGGCUUUUUAGUCCAGUCAGUUUGCCAGACAGCCUUUAGUAACAGAAAACAACUCAGUGAUUUCCAAUGUGUUGUUAUGUCUGCAGAUGUGUACUCAAUACUGCUGUCCUGAUUUCAUAAGUACUGUACUACACGAUACCUCUGACAGCAGCCAACCAGCCACCCUUCCUUCAUGAGAAAAGAUUGGCGUAAUCAGUAACCAGGCCAUUUGUAAGCCAGAGUAUGAUAUCUCGCCAUUCCACACUGAGAACCAAUGAGAAACAAAGUAUUUCUUGUUUUUUAACACAAGAAUCAAACAGUUGCCGAAUCAAAGUUGUCAGAAGUGCUUGUAUGAGAUAACUCUAGUGACAGAGGUGAGGUGUAGCCCCAGCAAUCUGUCUUGUCCAUUGUGUUAGACUGAGGUGAGAGGUUGUCACCACCGUAACUUGUUUUUAAUGUGGUAUUAUCAAUGAUAGUGAUUUUAACAGUAGUAAAAGAUGUAACAGUAAUGGAGAACCAUGACAACUUAACACUUGUAGUACCAGACUGAAGGUACAGUGUAUUCAUGGAAGACACCAGAUAAUAACUGGUAGUUUAGGUUGUAAUAUCUUUUGUUGGUUGUUGUAGAUUGUCACAGACAUGACCAACAGGACUUUGACUAAUUUAGGGACCUGGGGAAUAUGGCUAUUCUAUUCCCACCGUAAGAACAAACUCCCCCUUUAAUAACGUAAAUGCAUGAUCGACACACAGUUCUAAUGAUUCAGUCAUAUUUAUGAUCUAUGUAAUAAUGGGUGCUGAUCAUAUAUACUGCAUAUUAAUAUUUUAUUUGUACAACAUUUUUGGGGAGGCUAAUGCUAUGGUGCUACUCCAUAACUUCACUGUGGAAUAAAAUGGGGGGGAGACAUGAUUCAUAUCACUGAUAUUUGUCUGAGCUCUUAGAAUGAUAAGAUAAACUAUUUCUUUGAAUAUUGCAGUUUCAAUGAUGGAACUACUCCGGUGCUGAUUUAAUGGGAAACUCCCAUUCAUGUUCAAGGUAAUAAAAAAAAAGAAAACUGUUGAAUUGAACUACUCACACAGUUCAUACAGAACUUUUGUUAAUCCUUUGUCCAUAUAAGCUACUUGAAAAGGGACUCUAUUCUCGCUUUGACUGGUAUGGGGAUUGAAGAAUCAUAUUAUAUUGAAGUGAACAGACUGUUAUCUUAAUUAAAAACUUGGUGCAGUGUAUGUGCUGGAAGCUAUUAUACAUGACUCUUUUGGGUAUGUUGUACAUUUUUAUGGUGAUGGGAGAAUGUUAAGAUAUUGGAACAACGAGCAUACUCCCCUAUGUUUCUCACAGGUUGGCAUUUAUUGAGAUGACUCAUGUACUAGAGGCAGCUCUGCAGGGUGUUCAUUAGCUUGCACAGCCACAAAGUCUUAAAAUCUGAUUUUAAACCUGACCUUAUCCCUAACCUUAACCACACUGCUAACACUAAUGCAUAAAUAACCCUUACCUAAAUUGAAGACCAAAAAGCAAAUGUUUGUUUUCAAACAUUACUACGAUAUAGCAAAUUUUGACUUUGUAGCUGUCCCAUCUAGCGGAAACAUCUCAAUUCUGCAUCCAGGGCAAGACUUAUGACAAUAAACCCCAACCUGCAUGUUUCUCCCUCAUAGACGUAUUUACUUACAUACUUAUACACUCGCUAACUCCUUACAUAUACACACUUCACAUAUUUUCCAUUCUCAUCUCAUACUUUCUUUCUCUCCCUCU